CCAUUCAGGACCAGCCUGGCUCCUCCAGACCAGGGUUUAUAAGCACAGAAGACAGAGCCCCAGGAGUCCACAAGGGAGUCACAGACCACAGCGAUCCCCAGGCCAGAAAUAUUAUCUCCAAGAUGCCCAGACCGCCAGGCCCUCGGCACCGGUAGCAGCCAGCAGGCUCCCAGGACGGCUUGGGCCAGUGUCACAGAGUUGCUGGAGGGCCGGGUGGACACUGGCUUAGCAAACCUGCAAGUCCAGAUGAUGCCAGCAGCUUCUCUGUGCAGUGCCUCUUGUUAUCGCACCAACACAGAAGAUGUCCUUUUUGGAGGACAACACAGGAGAGAACAUGGACUUUGAAGACUGGGAAGAAGAGGAAGCCCAGUGCUGCUCAGAAGACCCAGCUGGAAGCCCCAUGGAGACAGGCCAGAGCCAAGCCUCUGUGAGUUCUGUGCAUACAAGUCCAAGAGUGAAGGCCAAAGAGCCCCAGAAAUUCAGCAUUUUCGACCGUGAUCAUAAAGUGUUGGUCCUGGACUCUGGGACCCUCAAAGCAAUUCCACAUAAAAGCUACAUCCUCCCAGAGACAUUCUUUGUGUUGGCCUCACAUCUGGCAAAGCCCUCCGAGGAGAAAGGGUCUCCCAUUUUGUUGGCCGUCUCUAAAGGAGAGUUCUGUCUCUGCUGUGACAAGAACAAAGGAAAACGUAAGCCAUCCCUUCAGCUGAAGAAGAAGAAGCUGAUGAGCCUGGCCGCCCAGAAGGAGACGUCGCGCCGGGCUUACGUCUUCUACAAGUCUAAGGUGGGCUCACGGUACACCCUGGAGUCCGCUGCCCACCCCGGCUGGUUCAUCUGCACGUCCCGCAAUUCCGGAGAUCCUGUUACAGUGACGGAUAAAACCGGGCGAAGGAAACACACCGAGUUUUCAUUCGAGAAUCCUAGCAAAACUGAAAUGAGCCAGUAGGGGCAGAGUGAAGAAACUGUCCCCUCAGGCACCUCCCCGGCCUCUCCUCUGACUCUACCCAUCAGAGGGGAACACAACAGCUGCUUGCUCACUAA